AUGAAGAGAUCAAUGAAAUCCGGUCAUCAAAAGCGAACCAAAAGCAAGAGAAAGGCGCUACAACAGUCAGCAAAUGCUCCAGGGCAACGAUCUUUGUUUGAAAUGUUCAGAUCAACAACAACAAAUAGCAGUACUACAACUAAUACCGAAAGGGAAUGCAUCAGUACAGCUGAGGAAAGAUCAAAUGAAAUCAUUGAUUUUUCAGGUGAGAAAUCACAACAUGUUGAACUUCCUGAUCCUGUACCUGUUAUGGUCGUUGUUGAAAGCGAUACUGAAGCAAAGGAAACUACGAACACUUGUGGAAAUAUUGCAACUGUAUCAACGUCAAAGUCUGAUUCUAAAAAUUCCAACGACUGGUAUAGGGGGAUGAAGCUAGAUGUCGAUUGGUUGUUAGAUGCUGCGAAGUGCCUAGUGUUGAAGAAAGAAAUAAAAGAUAAAAGAAAGAGACCAACUGUUACAUGCUUAUUAUGUAACAAGUACGAAUUUCAGGUACGAAAGAUGACCUUAAAAAUUCAGUUACCAAUAGCAAACGGUGUACGUGUUGAUGGAAAGGACAGACUUAAACAUGUUGUUGAUCACUUACUUUCUCCAGCACAUGAGGAAGCCGAACGAUUGAAUGAUUGCGACAAAACUUGGUGUGAUAAGUCCGAUAAGCAUCCUUGGGUAAGAGUUUUUAAAAAGUGGAAUGACGAGAAAUUACAGGGCCUGGUUCGUAUUGCAAUCGAUGCCUACAAUGACUCGCAGGUUGAAACCUUAAGUGCUCGAAGCUGGCCCUCAAGAUCCCUUGCAGUAGAGCACAGUAAUCAUGUGUUGCACCACUUUGAGUCACAGGGAGGGGAUGCUGACUUUGUACCUUUUGAUCCACCAGCAUCCUGUUAUCACUAUAGAGAUCCAAUGCUUUAUGCUGAAAUAAGAAACAUCAUUGCAAAACAAGAAAUGAAAAAAGUUGCACAAUUGUUAAAAGACUGCUUGUGUUACUCGGUGCAAAUUGAUGGAAGUGCUGACAAGCAGCAAGUUGAUUCCAAGUUUAUAACUGCUCGGUAUGUGCCAUGUGAUGAAGUCAGUGUUAAAACAGUGUUUCUUGGUAUUGCAAGUAGUGAUUUAGGAGGAGCUGAGGGGCUGUUAGAUUCUUUCACAACAUGUAUUGAAAACAUUUGCAUAAACACUGAUAAAUUGGUUGGUGUUACCACUGAUGGAGAAAAUGCAAAUACUGGAAAAAAUGCUGGUUUAUGGAAGCUUCUGCAAGACUAUAUCGGAAGAGAUAUUCUGACAAUAUGGUGUGUCUGCCAUCGAUCUGAUUUGGCACUUGAAUCGGUUCAGGCUGAGGUUCCUGAGCUCACGAUAUGGAUGUCCAAUGUUCUUGCUGUUGCAACAUUCUUUCGAACAUCUCCUCGCAGGACAAAACUACUUCAUAAGGUUUGCUUUAUGUUAUUUUUUUGUGCAUUUAAUUAAUAUACACUAUUUUCCAAAUCUUCUUUUUACUGCAUGGUUGAUUUUGUACGUUGAUUAUUGAUACUGUUUUCUAUCAUAGUAUUUAAAUCUGCUCUUUGUUCCAUUCAAUUUUCUGAAUAGGUUGAAGAAAAGUGCCUUUCCUUUCCCAAACAUUUUGAUGUCAGAUUUGCUGAGCACACAAGAAAUCUACUGAAUGCUGUACUGCAUAACUUGGAUGCUGCAAGAAGAGUUUGGCAGGAUAUGGUAGAUGGCACAAUAGAGAGCAAUAGUAAGGAAAAGCAAAUGGCUAAAGGCUUCAUUGAAAAGUGGUAUAAGGGAUCAAGACAGGUAGAGUACUCAGUACGGUCAGAGUGUCAGCACACUCAACUGGGCAGCAAUUUAUGAAGGAGUGACUAGGCAUAAAAAUACUUUCAGAUUUCAGAAUGCUUGUGGGAUACGGCAAUGGUUGUUACAUGCAUAAUUAAUUUCAAUUAGAAAAUAAACUUUUGAACGCCUUUAGAGUACGAUUGCAAAGACUUGCUUGUUAAAGUGCUUUGUUUUUUCUUUGUACUCUUUAGGUAUGGCUCACAGCUGUCAUGUUUGAUCUCUGCACAAUCUUUAAGACAUUACAGAAGUUGUUUCAGAAAUCAAACUUGAUUCUUCCAGAUGUGUUAACAGCAAAAGAUUCUGCUAUGCAGAACUUGAAGAUUAUGAAUGACAUACCAGUUCCAGGUGGGAAAGAGGAGCAGAAUUUGGAGUUGCACGAUAAUGAGCAAGGUAGACCUGUGAGACGAACCAGUACAGCACAUCAGUUUGUGACAAGCCAAAACAGGAAUAGCAAUGCUAUAAGGAAUGAAAUUGUGCAGUCCGCCAUCAAUUUUCUUGGGCAACGUAUGAACACAGAAAAUGAUGGCACAGUUGAGAGUUUGAUGAGUAUUCUAGAAGCAUCUUCAUCUAAGGACUUAAUUUUGGCCAGUAGAAAUCUUGUUUCUUCGAUUCUUGGACCAAGCUGCCUGUCAGAUUUUGUCAGUGAUGUUUGCAAGUCAUGGAACAACCUGGCCAAAAUUGAGCAUGUUGAGGUGGAAGACACUGGAACUAUGUAUGCUCUUCGCCUUAGGAAGAUGAUACAGGCAAGUACUGGUUUACUUAAGAAAUUCCUAGCAUCUUUUCUUACCCUUGUCCCUCACAGCAUGGCAACUGAACGAGUUGUUUCUCAUUAUAACAAUGUGAAGACAUCGGGCAGGUCUUCGCUUAAUCCUGAGACAAUAAAUGGUAUAUUGCAUAUUUCUCUGAAUGGAAAGGGUGCAUCCUUUUUUGACCCAAGACCAGUGGUAUCAGAGUUCUUAACUUCGAAAGAAAGAAGAAACCGAGAGCCGUGUGAAGAACUGUACAAACAAAGGGAAUUUGUGAAACAUUUCUUCAAGCAAGAAUCCGGAUGUCUGUGA